AUGGCAGCGACUUCAUAUAAGACUGCUCGCGGACCUCACCUGAGGCCAGUGUUUACCUUUGAUAAAGUCGGCCCAGAUAGUACAUUCGAGAGAUACUGGUGUUUCGGAGGGAACUACUUCCGCAAUACUCCGAACCGAAGCCACUUUUAUGUGUGCUUCAGCGUGUCGGAAACCCUCGACAGAUCCUCCCUGAGAAUUGUUCUUCGUUCAGCCAAUCUCAUCAAAUGGCUAAAAGCACUCUUGCCUACUCCUGUCCUGGCCAGCCUCGAACGUAGUCCUUCGUCUCUUACUAUUUACAUCGAGGAUUUACUCCCAUUAUACCCGACAAUCAAGUCCAGCUUCUUGCGCAGAAAGUCUCAUCGGGACAUUGACUUCGACGACUAUUUCGAAUAUAAACUGCUCGCUCAUAGCUUCCUCCUGGACUAUUCUAUAUUCCUAGGCUUCGACUGUGAAAGCCUCUAUAAGCGGGGCAUCCUCACUCAUGACCAUUGGAAAGACAUCAAAUUCUCGACUGUCUCAACGCCAUUCCGUGCCUUGCUCGAACAAUGGAGCGUGCUCCUGCCGCCCGAGCUCAGAACCUCUAUAGGCAAUGGGGAGGGUUUAUUAUGCUACCCCGAGCGACGAGAUUUGCGGCGUGCCAUUGGGAGACAUGACUCGCAAGCUGUGGCUUCCAUACUCGAGAACAACCGACGCUGGGUCGACCCGAUAACGUUAUGCUUCGCCAUACGGUCCUAUAACCCUUCUGUUUUUAGCCUCCUCAUCAAACACUGUUGCGUAUUUGAUGCCGACUGGAAAGGUCAUAUCUCAGCCGAACCCUUAUACCGUGCCGCUAAAGAAGGGAACCUGGACGCAGUGAAGGCCAUGUUUGAAGCUGGUGCCGGCAUCGAAGGGAACUCCUUCCGGGGUAGUUCCAGUCCGCUCACCGGCGCAGCUUCAGGCGGCCACGUUGGUGUGGUUCAAUAUUUAGUCGAGAAUGGAGCCAGCAUCAAUAGCGAGAAAAUGAAGUCGCCUUUGUCUCGAGCCAUCAAACAUGGCCACAUUCACAUUAUCAAAUACCUCGUCGAACAUGGAGCGAGAAUCGAAUGGGAUGGCGACGGGCUUUCCGGAGCCGUUAACAGCAGUGACCUGGACGUUGCCCUUUACUUCGUCAAACAUGUGCACUAUGUUGGGUGUUCUAACUCCGAGCUCCUCCUCUGCAAAGCAGCAGAGCUAGGGAGGAGUGACAUUGUCAAAUGGUUGGUUGAGUGCCAAAGGAUCGAUGUAAAUUCGAUGCCUGGCAGCAAAACCGCGUUGGUCCUCGCUAUGGAGAACGGCCAUUGCGAUGUUGCCAACUAUCUGGUAGCCCGGGGCGCUCGAUGUCGAGUGCAGCUUGCUUGGAGCUAUCGUGAUGACAACCCCGAUCUCGUUGCCUUCGGCCUCACUAAUCCGGCCAUCUCUACCAACAUGACACUUCCUGCUCUCGCCAAUGUCCCCAGUGGGCCCCCGAGUGCCUUUUACACGCAUCUCGGGGACUACUGCUUUUUCUUCGACUUGGCAGAUCUUGCGGUCGUCUCAGAGCCCAUUGUUAAAUCCUCUGGCAGGGACAUGGCCACCGUCUUCGCCGUCGCUGACUUCAUCAGCAUGUCCCACUUUUUGGAUUUUAUGCUUCAGAGUCGCUAUUUAUCAUCUCCAACAAUCAGGGAAACGUCAGACAUGAUAGACGUGCCCAAGGCCUGCCCAAUGGAGACAGCCAUACGAAACCAGGAACGGAAGAGGAUCUACAUCAAAGUCCUCAAGAAGCUUGCAAGGUCUCUGCAAGGGCUGGAAGAAUCAAGUUCCAGUUCAGAUGCUUCUGUCGACUUGGAAGCAUUUCUUCAACAACAAGGUGGAGCCUGGUCUGUUUUCAGGAGAGCAGUACGAGUGAUUCGAAGCAUUGUUGAUGGCCAGUUGCCAAAUACAGUUCUGGACAUUGUCGACUGCGUGCUUGCCACGAACGCUAUGCGCUCGGCAAUUCCAGAGAGAAAGAUGAAGUGUCCUAAAAAAGUUUUCAUUAACGACUUGGACCGAUGGGCUGCGCUAUUGAGUGACGAAGACCAGCCUUUAUUCUGGGAGAUAUCCCAUUUCCUUUGGGGCAAGGGUCCCUCGACAGGACAGCAAGCCACUCCUCUUGUUGCAUCCGAUGUACUACCAAUCUUUCAAGAGGUGGUCAGUAAUCUCGUCAAUGUAGCAGGAACAUAUUCCGACGACGAUGAGGAAAUGGUGCCCGGUGGCGGUACUCCGUUACACAUUCUUCGAGAGCAACGCUCUCACUCUUCGCCCCAACCACAUGUCCAGGAGUAUGCAGAACCACCAGUCGAGCCUCCUCCCCCUGAUCCGCCGGAUCCACCCGAUCUACCGGAGAGGAAACUGUGGCAGGAGCCAUGCCACAAAUACGCCUUACGAGGCGAGAGCGAGCAUUUGGCUAAACUUGCGGCAAUCACCGUGUUGAUGGCAGCCCGAACUCUCUCCCCCAACUUCAACGUCUUCCUCAGCGUCACCUUCCAACGGAACCCUUCGCAACGAUUCGCCGCUAUCCUCUUCGUCUUCACAAGACAACUGGCCUAG